GUACUGACUACCGUUAAAUACUUGAAUCCCAUUCUGCUGAACAACACUGGCUUCGAAACAACCCAUCUUCAUCAUCUAUGCUUCGAAUCAACACUCAAAGAAACCUCAUCAAUGGCAUUCACACAACCCACCUUAACAAUCUCUUCAAACCCAGAAACCUUUCCCACAUACCCACCGAACAAUCACCCACACAUUUGUCCCCCAAUCACCUCCCUCAUCCUCCAUCAUCCUCCAAAUCAGUCAUUAGAACCGUAUGCGCAUUAGUCUGCCAAUCAUACUACCAACAACAAACCCACUUCAAAUCCACACCAACCCAACUCCAUCUCUCAAUAACCCCCGAUUAUUUAACACCAGAACAAGCGAUCACCGUCGUUGCCUCACUUUCCGACGACGCUGGGUCAAUGGUGGCUCUGAGUUUCUUCUAUUGGGCAAUUGGGUAUCCGAAAUUCAGAUACUUUAUGCGGUUUUAUGUUGUUGCAGCCACUUGUUUGAUUGAGAAUUUGAAUUUGGAGAGGGCCCAUGAAGUGGUGAGGUGUAUGGUGACGAAUUUUGGGGAGAUUGGGAGGUUGAAGGAGGCUGUUGGGAUGGUUGUUGAGAUGAGGAAUCAAGGUUUGGAGGCGUCUACUCGAACGCUGAACUGUGUUGUUGGUGUUGCGAUGGAUAUGGGUUCGGUUGAUGUUGCACGCAAGGUGUUUGAUGAAAUGUGUGAGAGAGGUGCGGUUCCGGAUUCUUUAACUUUCAAGAUUUUGAUCAGUUACUAUUGUAAAGUUAAUGACGUUUCCCUAGUUGAUCAGUGGUUAUGUGCAAUGUUGGAUAGAGGAUUCGUUUUAGAUAACGCGACAUGUACACUGGUUCUUUCUUGUUUUUGUGAGACGGGUGGUGUUAAUCGAGCGUUAUGGUUGUUCCGUAAAAUGAUUGGGAUGGGGUUUAAACCUAACGUUAUAAACUUUACUACGUUAAUAAAUGGUUUGUGUAAGAAGGGAAGUAUUAAGCAGGCUUUCGAGUUGUUAGAGGAGAUGGUUACGAAAGGCUGGAAACCAAAUGUGCAUACGCACACAAUAUUAAUCGAUGGCAUGUGUAAAAAAGGGUGGACCGAUAAAGCGUUUAGGCUGUUUCUAAAGCUUGUUAAAAGCGAAUCUUAUAAACCUAAUGUCUACACUUACACUGCUAUGAUAAGCGGGUACUGCAAAGAGGGUAAAGUCAACCGUGCAGAGAUGCUGUUGACCCGCAUGCGUGAACAGGGGUUAGUUCCUAACGUGGAUACUUAUACUACUCUCGUUAGCGGGUACUGCAAAAGUGGAAAUUUAACCCGUGCGUAUGAGUUGAUAAAUGAGAUGACGAAAGAAGGGUCACCUCCGAAUAUGUGUACCUAUAAUGCGGUUAUCGAUGCGCUGUUUAAAAAAGGAAGAGUUCAAGAAGCGGAUAAACAGUUAGACGUAGCGUUGAAACACGGGCUGCAAGCUGACGAGGUUACAUACACUAUUCUCAUAAUGGAGAAAUGCAAGCAAUCGGAACUUAAACACGCCUUAAUCAUAUUGAGCAAGAUGAUUAAAGUCGGUAUAAAAUGUGAUAUACAUCUUUACACCACUCUGAUUUCGACGUUUUCUCGAUUAAAACAAAUGAGCGACUGCGAGAGGCUUUUCGACGACGCAGUGAAACAUGGUUUAAUCCCAACUAAAGAAACCUACACUUCAAUGAUAUGCGGAUACUGUAGAGACGGAAAUACGAAUUCCGCUAUAAAAAUGUUCGAGAGAAUGAGCGAACAUGGUUGCGUGCCUGAUAGUAUUACUUACGGUGCUCUGAUAAGCGGACUUUGCAAAAAGUCAAAGUUAGACGAGGCUCGAUCUUAUUACAACGCCAUGUUGGAUAAAGGACUUAACCCGUGUGAGGUGACCCGUUUAACAAUCGCGUACGAGUAUUGUAAAGCGAAUGAUCCGCUUACCGCCAUGAAGGUUGUAGAUAGAUUAGAAAAGAAGCUAUGGGUUCGUACGGUAAACACUUUGAUAAGAAAGCUAUGCAGUGAGAAGAGAGUCGAGAUUGCAGCUUCUUUUCUUCAUAAACUUGUAGAUAAAGACAAGAAUUUGGAUCAAAUAAUGUAUACAGCUUUUGUUACUGCGUGUUAUGAUAGCGGCCAUUAUGUUAUGGUUUCGGAUAUACAGGAGAAGAUAUCAAAAGGAAUUGGUUAGCAGGCGAAAGAUGGUCAUUUAACGGUGUCAGUAUUGUUGUUGAACAAUUUAAGGGUGUUUAUGAACAGAUGAUUUGGAGAAUUACUGGAUGUGGUGUUCAAUCUUUUGAUCUGUUGCACAAGAAAUGGGGAGAAUUGCAAUGUCAGAUAACUUGUUGAAGAGUUUGUUGACGUGUCAUUUUGAUUUGUUUGAAUGUGUACCAACCCACGGCUGACGUGGCAUUAUAAUGUAUGCUGACCUGGCAUCUUAUUUAUUUAUUUUUUUCUGAUGUGGCAUCUAAUGCUUGCUGAAGUGGUAUCCUAAGGGGUCUAUUUGAACCGGUCAACUGGUGAACUAGACCGGAUUUCAAUUUAUUUUUAGUUUUCUUUUCAUU